AUGGACGAGGAGCCUGCUGCCGAGGCAAGUGUAAAUUCAGAGAUGCAGGACCAAAUUAAGCAUGAAAGGGGAGCCAUGCGCAACAUGCUCCUCACCAUGGUCCACGAUCCUCAAGGACGCCCAAUUACGCACCCAGUGCCCACACUCACUAAUCUGAUUAUAGAUAGAGCAAUAGAAUCGGCGGGUCCGUACACGUAUUGCUUACCUGCGAAUUCAGACCAUAUCACACUAUGCUCGGCCGGCUCCGGGCAAUGUCAACCGGCAAUGGGCUUUGGUGGAUGA